CCAUUUCUCCACCAUCACCUCCAAAUUCCAACGGCCUUCUUCCCCUUCUUCUUCUUCUUCAACUGCUCUUCUUCUUCUUCAACUGAUGAUGGAAUCCACUGAUUUCCCCUUCCUCAAUCACGAAUUCGACUACACCCACCUGCUCAACCUCUUCCAGGACGCGGAGAAUCUCGGAGGCGCCGGCGGCGGGAACUUCUCGGGCCCCUUCAAGCGGCAGCGCACCAGUGAAGAGACGUCAGAGGACGACGAAGUCGGUGGCGACAGCUUCGAGGCGGCGGCUGAUGGAAGCACACUGAGGGAAGUGCUCGCUUCGUUCAUGCUUAUCGAGGAGAAGGCGAGGGAGGACAACGAGAAGUGGGCAUUCGACUUCCAGGAAGAGAAGUCCCUCUUCGAUUUGAAUCCCCGGAAGAGAGCUCCAUCUAUCAACGAUUACUACCAAACCCAGUUGGAUUCCUACUGCAUCGAUCAAUUGAGCGAGUCCCCGGCCCGCAGGUCCGCUUCUCUGGCGGCGGCAGGGGCGACAAUGGUGGUGUCCGCGGACAACAGUCCGAAGGGGGAUAGAGGAGAGAGAUCCGGGAACCCAACGCGGAGGCUCUGGGUCAAGGACCGAUCCAAGGACUGGUGGGAACAGGUGAAUAGCCCCAACUUCCCUGAUUCCGAGUUCAAGCGGGCGUUCCGGAUGAGCCGUGCCACGUUCAACUUGAUCUGCGACGAGCUCGACCCGGCUAUCACGAAGAAGAACACGACCCUGCGCGAAGCAAUCCCGGUCCAUCAGCGGGUCGCGGUUUGCAUUUGGAGGCUGGCAACCGGUGAGCCCCUGAGGCUGGUCUCGAAGAAGUUCGGGCUCGGGAUCUCAACUUGCCAUAAGCUUGUGCUAGAGGUCUGCAACGCAAUUCGGGAUAUACUCCUGCCCAAAUUCGUCCAGUGGCCCGGCGAUGACAGGCUGAAUUUGAUCAAGAGCGAGUUCGAGGCGCUCUCGGGGAUUCCCAACAUCGGCGGAUCAAUGUACACGACUCACAUCCCAAUCAUAGCCCCGAAAUCCGGGGUCUCAGCCUACUACAACAAGAGGCAUACAGAGAGGAACCAGAAGACCUCGUAUUCGGUGACAGUCCAAGGAGUCAUGGACCACAGGGGAGUGUUCACGGACGUUUCGAUCGGGUGGCCCGGCUCAUAUUCUGAUGACCAGGUCCUGGAGAGAUCGACUUUAUUCAAGAAGGCGAGCUCCGGGCUCUUGCAGGACACCUUCGUUGCAGGUAACACAGGUUACCCGUUAAUGGACUGGGUUCUGGUGCCGUACUCGCACAAGAACCUGACGUGGACGCAGCACGCGUUCAACGAGAAGCUCGAGGAGGCCCUGAAUGUGAGCAAGGAGGCCUUCUGCAGGCUAAAAGGCAGGUGGGCUUGUCUGCAGAAGAGGACUGAGGUGAAGCUCCAGGACUUGCCCGUGAUCUUAGGGGCUUGCUGCGUCUUGCACAAUGUGUGUGAGAUCAAGGGCGAGGAGGUGGGGCCCGAGCUGAGGUUCGAGGUCUUGGACGAUGAGGUCAUCCCGGAGAACAGCAUUCGGGGUUCCCCCAGGACCGCGCAGGCCAGAGACCAGAUUGCUCACAAUAUAUUCCACCAUGGACAUGGCACUGCUUUCUUGUAGGAGUUACCGUGGCAAAUUCAUCUUCCCGUCUGGACCGAUUCGGUUUUCCAUACUGUUCGGACAUUUUUGCCUUUUUUUACGAUGUCGAUGUCGAUUCUUUCUAGCUUGAGUUUUCUUCAGGACUACAUAGUUGUACUUGUACAUGCCCUGCCUGUAGAGACGAUAUUAAUAUUAAUAUAUACACGUACAUUUUUCACGAAA